CGUAUAGAUGGAAAGGUUGGUGGAGCUGAGAGGCAGAUCCGCAUAGAUCGGUUUAAUGCCAAAAAUUCUUCCCGGUUUUGCUUUUUGCUUUCUACUAGAGCUGGUGGCUUGGGUAUAAAUCUCGCGACUGCAGAUACGGUCAUCAUUUAUGAUAGUGAUUGGAAUCCGCAUGCUGAUUUACAAGCAAUGGCUAGAGCUCAUCGACUUGGCCAAACGAAUAAGGUGAUGAUUUAUCGGCUCAUAACUCGAGGAUCCAUUGAAGAAAGAAUGAUGCAGAUGACUAAGAAGAAAAUGGUUUUGGAGCAUCUUGUUGUUGGGAGACUGAAGGCUCAAAAUAUUAAUCAGGAAGAGUUAGAUGACAUCAUCAGAUAUGGCUCGAAGGAACUAUUUGCUGAUGAAAAUGAUGAAUCAGGAAAGUCCCGCCAAAUUCAUUAUGAUGCUGCUGCUAUUGAUAGAUUACUUGAUCGUGAUCAAGUUGGUGAUGAAGAGGCUUCAGGAUGA